AUGCGCAGUGAAAGUCUGAACUAUGAUCAGAGUUUAAUUUACUACUCAAACAACAACCGGGAUCACAUGCAAACACGUGCCACAGAGAAAAACAACAGCUACUCGAUAAUGGCGAAUACACCAUGUGGAUUCACAGAGUGUCCUGCAUCUGAUAGACAUGUAAUCUUCAGAUGGACGGAAGUUACAAAAUUAUGGUGGCCUACGAUAAGAAACAGUGUCAGAAGUCAAAAUCAAAGCUAUCCAACGGUGAUUUUCGUCGAUGAAAACGGUCAUGAUAAACCACCACCCGAAGGCAAAAUCACUAUAAAGACAAGUGAAAACGGUAAUAUUAAAUUGAUAAUAGAACCAAUCGAUAAAAACAAUGAUAAUAGCCAAGCAACAACAACAACGACAAAGAAUAUACAAUUUAAUUUUAAUAUAUUAUUUGUUUUAUUUGUACUCCUAUUAUAUUCAUAA